CGUGCGGUCCAAACCAACAAUGACGUCAAUCUUCUCCGUAUUUAUGCUCACUGUACCAGUUCCAGCAGUUCCAUCCGUGUAAUCAUGAAUACAGUGAUCCACCGUAGGCCCCUGCUAGCUCUAGUAGCGGUGUUGACGUUCCUUCUCCGACCAAUAGCGACGGCGGCCGCGAGUGGCCAUGCCGCGGACCGCAUCGACCGUCUGCCAGGACAGCCGGCGGUGGACUUCGACAUGUACUCCGGGUACAUCACGGUGGAGCAGAGCGCCGGACGGUCGCUGUUCUACCUGCUGCAGGAAGCGCCCGAGGAGGCCCAGCCGGCGCCGCUGGUGCUCUGGCUCAACGGCGGACCCGGCUGCUCCUCCAUCGCCUACGGCGCCUCCGAGGAGCUCGGCGCCUUCCGCAUCAAGCCGCGUGGCGCGGGGCUGUUCUUGAACGAGUACCGGUGGAACAAAGUGGCCAACAUCCUGUUCUUGGACUCGCCAGCCGGCGUUGGGUUCUCCUACACCAAGACCACCUCUGACCUCUACACCUCCGGCGACAACAGAACAGCUCAUGACUCCUACAGUUUCUUGGCGGAAUGGUUCGAGAAGUUCCCGCAUUACAAGUACCGUGACUUCUACAUUGCUGGCGAGAGCUAUGCAGGGCACUAUGUUCCGGAAUUAUCCCAGCUCAUCCACCGGAAAAACAAAGGCGUCAACAAACCCAUCAUCAACAUCAAAGGCUUUAUGGUCGGAAAUGGUCUAAUCGACGACUACCACGACCACCGUGGCAAGUUCCAGUUCUGGUGGAACCACGGGCUGGUCUCCGAUGACACAUACCGCCUCCUCAACGACUCCUGCCUCCACGAUUCAACCGUCCAUCCAUCGCCAGCGUGCGCCGCCGCGCUCAACGUCUACAAGGGCGAGCACGGAAACAUCGACUUGUACAGCAUCUACACGCCCACCUGCAACGAGACGGCGGCGAGCCGACGGCAGCCAAAUGGACGCUACCCAUGGAUGACCGGAUCGUAUGACCCGUGCACGGAACGAUACUCCACGGCGUACUACAACCGGCUGGACGUGCAGAGGGCUCUCCACGCCAACGUGACCGGUGCCAUAAACUACACAUGGGCGGCCUGCAGUAACACCAUCAAUAGAAACUGGCGUGAUGCUCCGAGCUCCAUGCUUCCUAUUUACAAAGAGCUUAUUGGAGCUGGUCUAAGGAUAUGGGUCUUCAGGUGUGCUGCUCCGCUGGUUCCUGACCUCGGCGAAGUGGAUGCGAAGUUGAUUGGGACGGUGGCGUCGACGGGCGUUUCGUACAACUGCCAGUGGAGGCCGACGACGAUGGACGAACGAUGGACGGACGACGGCGAGUUUCCGGUGAUGAUGGUGGCGACACCAUGGUGCGAAAUAAAAGGAAUGCAGGGCAUGAUAAGCCUUAGAUAAUUCAACUCUUUCGUAGACUAAAAGAGAUACAUCUGAAACUGUAGUCUGAACUGAAGAAAAAUCUAACUUGUACAGACAUUGGUAUACCAGCUGCUCCAAGACAGACAGAGAAGACCAUCGCGGUGGCUGGUCGGGCGUGGUCGCGUGGACGCUGGGGACGGUUCCGUGAUCUGUGGACAAGGAUGAUGGCCAGGUGUGGUUCGACGAGGCGAUCUCGUUCGUGUCCUCGCAAGGAUUCUUGUCCCGAACGACGACAGUGCAGUCUGUACUGCUUGUCGAUCUACGGCGAAACUUCGGCGGCCUCGCGUGCUUGCUCCGAAACUCUACGAGAAGGGAAAACAGGUCAAGACGACGAGGUGCUGCGAGUUGAAGAGAUUAAAGGAAAACUUAAGACUUGGGGAUGACUGAACAGACGAUGACCCUGAGCUCCGGAACUCCAAUGGCAGCGGCGGCGGCGGAUCUUCGAUGACGAACUCUGGCAGCCUGGCGGCCGAUAAAUCAGGGUUUCUAGGGAAAGAUAUUGGGGAGAUGUUGAGAUACAUAUAGGCGUAUUUUCGUGGUAAAGGAGGCACGGAUUUGAACGAAUUUUGGAGAUCUUCCCGGAGUCGUUCUGAUGCGUAUUCGCUUCGUUUUCUGGCUGGGCGGCAUGUGCCACGUCGCGCGCGGCCGCACGUUCGGGAGCUGCUUGCCUGACUCGCGCGAGCUGGCCUGGCCAGUUCCUUUUGUUUUUUUUUUUUUUCUUCUUCUCUUGUAUCUUUUGUGUAAAUCGAUUUAGGCGAUCAAUUAACUCAAAUAAACUUUGAAAAUUUUGCAAUCUGCCCAGUAUGAUUUUGGGACACUAAGGAUUAAUCUUUCA